CCGGUCCUCCACAGGCGCUACGGCGGCCCCGGCCGUUCUCCCCGCGCCGCCGGCACCCGGCCCAUCGCCCUCACACACACCCCGCGACGCCCCCGGUCACCAACCCCCCGGCUGCCCCCCCGCGGUCGCCCAGCCAUGUCGCGGCCCAGCAGCGUCUCCCCGCGGCAGCCCGGCGCGGCGUCGGGGGUCUCGGGUAACCCUGCCGGGGCCGCCUCGGCCGCCCCCGCGGCAGGCCGCGGCAGAGGCAAGGGGCUGAAGGAUAUCCGCGUCGACGAGGAGGUGGAGAUCGCGGUGAACCUGGCUCUGGAGCGGUUCCGGUACGGAGAGGAGAGAGAAAUGGAAUUUCCUUCUUCUUUCACUAGUACUGAAAGAGCAUUUGUUCACCGGCUCUGUCAGUCUCUUGGACUGAUAUCUAAAAGUAAAGGAAAAGGAGCAAAUCGAUAUCUGACCGUAAGGAAGAAGGAUGGAUCAGAACUAACACGUGCAGUAAUGACUUGUUGCUUGGCUCCCAGUACGAAACAUGCCAUUCGGAGUUUAAUUCAGAGAUUUCCUGUCACAAAUAAAGAACGAACAGAACUUCUGCCAAAGACAGAGCGAGGAAAUCCGUGUGCUGUUGAGUCUGAAAACAGAGAAGUGAACAAGACAAGCGGACGACUUAACAACGGCAUCCCCCAGGUUCCAGUGAAAAGAGGGGAAUCAGAGUUUGAUUCCUUCAGGCAAUCACUACCAGUUUUUGAAAAACAGGAAGAAAUUGUCAGAAUAAUAAAGGACAAUAAAGUUGUUUUGAUUGUAGGAGAGACUGGAUCAGGAAAAACUACUCAAAUCCCUCAGUUCCUUCUUGACGACUGUUACAAAAAUGGAACUCCCUGUCGUAUAUUUUGCACUCAGCCAAGACGUUUGGCAGCUGUUGCUGUGGCUGAAAGAGUGGCAGCAGAAAGAAGAGAAAAGAUUGGGCAGACAAUUGGUUACCAGAUCCGAUUAGAAAGCAGGGUUUCUCCAAAGACACUGUUAACGUUUUGCACUAAUGGCAUACUGCUUCGCACACUAAUGGCAGGAGACAGCACUCUAUCAACAGUGACACAUGUUAUUGUGGAUGAAGUACAUGAGAGGGACAGGUUCAGUGACUUCCUGUUAAUAAAACUGAGAAAUGUGUUGCAAAAACAGACUAAUUUAAAACUAAUUAUUUCUAGUGCUGCUCUAGAUGCAGAUCUCUUUAUUAGGUAUUUUGGGAGUUGCCCAGUAAUACACAUACAAGGAAGACCUUUUGAAGUUAAAGAGAUGUUUUUGGAGGACAUUUUACGAAGCACUGGGUAUACAAACAAAGAGAUGGUAAAGUACAAAAAAGAGAAACAGAGAGAAGAGAAACAGCAAAGCACUCUUACUGAGUGGUGUUCUGCUCAAGAAAAUAGUAGCAAACUGGAAUCUCAGAGAGAAAGAUCUGUCCCAAGUACAACUGAAGAGGAUAAUCUGUUGGAUGAUGGUGGUGACACAUUAUUUAAUCAACUGACUGAAAAAGAUGCAAAUUGCCUUGAACCAUGGCUAAUAAAAGAAAUGGAUUCUUGUCUUUCUGACAUCUGGUUGCAUAAAGAUGUUGAUUCCUUUGCUCAGGUGUUCCAUCUCAUUUUAACUGAAAACGUCAGUGUUGAUUAUAGGCACAGUGAAACCAGUGUGACUGCACUAAUGGUUGCUUCAGGGAGAGGAUUUCUGAGUCAAGUGGAACAACUGAUCAGUAUGGGAGCAAGUAUCCACUGCAAAUCAUCCAAUGGCUGGAUGGCUUUGGACUGGGCUAAGCGCUUUGGACAGACAGAGGUUGUUGACCUGUUGGAGUCCUACAGUGCUUCAGUGGAAUCUGGAAAUCUGGAUGAAAGUUCCCUGGUCCAAACAAGCGAUAGUGACCUUAGUGCAGAGGACAGAGAACUGUUGAAAGCUUACCAUCACAGUUUUGAUGACGAAAAAGUGGAUCUGGACCUGAUUAUGCACUUACUUUAUAACAUCUGUCAUAGUUGUGAAGCUGGAGCUAUUUUAAUAUUUCUUCCUGGAUAUGAUGAGAUAGUUAGCCUGAGGGACCGCAUUCUUUUUGAUGACAAGAGAUUUGCUGAUAGUGCUCACAGAUACCAGGUUUUCAUGCUUCAUUCAAAUAUGCAGACUUUGGAUCAGAAGAGGGUGCUUAAAAGUCCACCUCCUGGCGUCCGCAAAAUAAUUCUUUCUACUAAUAUUGCAGAAACCAGCAUAACAGUCAAUGAUGUUGUGUUUGUUAUUGACUCAGGCAAAAUGAAAGAGAAGUCUUUUGAUGCACUAAGUUGUGUUACAAUGCUAAAAAUGGUGUGGAUUUCAAAAGCCAGUGCUAUCCAGAGAAAAGGCAGGGCAGGGCGCUGUCAGCCGGGAGUCUGUUUUCGUCUCUUCAGCAGGCUCCGAUUUCAGAAUAUGUUGGAAUUUCAGACUCCAGAACUUCUAAGAAUGCCACUUCAGGAGCUUUGUUUACACACAAAACUUCUGGCUCCAAUUAACUGUUCAAUUGUCGACUUUCUUAUGAAAGCUCCCGAUCCUCCACCAGCUUUAAUUGUGAGAAAUGCUGUGCAAAUGCUUAAGACAAUAGAUGCCAUGGACCCUUGGGAAGAUCUUACUGAACUUGGUUAUCAUCUCACUGAAUUACCAGUAGAGCCACACCUUGGUAAAAUGGUGUUGUGUGCUGUUGUUUUGAAGUGCCUGGAUCCUAUUCUUACUAUUGCUUGCACUCUUGCAUAUCGAGACCCUUUUGUCCUGCCUGCACUGGCCUCUCAAAAGCGGGCAGCCAUGCUGUGUAGAAAACGUUUUACUGCAGGAACGUUUAGUGACCAUAUGGCGCUUCUCAGGGCUUUCCAGGCAUGGCAGAAGGCACGCAGUGAUGGCUGGGAGAGAGCCUUCUGUGAAAAGAACUUUCUGUCUCAAGCCACGAUGGAAAUCGUCAUAGGAAUGAGAACACAGUUGCUUGGCCAGCUUAGAGCCUCAGGUUUUGUUAGAGCCAGAGGAGGAGCUGAUAUUAGAGAUGUUAAUACUAACUCUGAGAACUGGGCUGUAGUUAAAGCUGCCUUAGUGGCUGGGAUGUAUCCCAAUCUAGUACAUGUAGACAGAGAAAGCCUGGUUUUGACUGGACCGAAGGAGAAGAAAGUGCGAUUUCAUCCUACCUCUGUUCUUAGUCAACCUCAGUAUAAAAAGAUUCCCCCAGCAAAUGGGCAAGCUGCAGCUGUUCAGGCACUCCCUACAGACUGGCUUAUAUAUGAUGAAAUGACGAGAGCUCACAGAAUAGCAAAUAUCAGAUGCUGUUCUGUUGUAACACCUGUCACUAUGGCACUUUUCUGUGGACCAGCUAGGUUACCAAGUAAUGCUUUGCAGGAACCUUCAUCCUUUCGAGGAGAUGGGAUAUCUAAUGAUAACAGUGAUAGUGAGAUGGAGGACAAAACAACUGCUAAUUUGGCACUACUGAAGCUAGAUGAAUGGCUCCAUCUCAAACUGGACCCUGAAGCUGCUUGUUUGCUGUUGCAACUCAGACAGAAGUGGCAUAGCUUAUUUCUGCGUCGUAUGCGAGCUCCUUCUAAGCCGUGGUCUCAAGUUGAUGAAACAACUGUAAGAGCAAUUGUAGCUGUUUUAAGUGCUGAAGAACAGUCUGCAGGUUUGCAGCAGCCUUCAGGAAUUGGUCAGAGACCAAGACCUAUGACUUGUGAAGAUCUUCCUUCAGCAUCUACAUGGAGGUCAGCCAACAGCAGAAAAAGCUCAGCAGAAACUGAAUUCUCUGAUGACUCCUCUAAUGCUGAAAAACUUUUAAUGAAAUCUACACCUCCCACACUUCACCAGCCAAAGAAGUACAAAGAAAAAAACAUUUUGCACUCCAAACGAACUUCAGAUGACAGGUCAGAUCAAUCAUCAGUGAAGUCUACAGACAGCAGUAGCUAUCCUAGUCCCUGUGCUAGUCCUUCUUCUCCAAUAUCUGGAAAGGGUUCCAAAUCUCCAUCACCAAGACCAAAUAUGCCAGUUCGGUACUUUAUAAUGAAAAGUAGCAACUUGCAAAACAUUGAUAUUUCUCAACAGAAGGGUAUAUGGUCUACUACACCAAGUAAUGAACGAAAACUAAAUAGAGCCUUUUGGGAGAGCAGCAUGGUUUACUUAAUAUUUUCAGUUCAAGGGUCUGGACACUUUCAGGGUUUUGCUAGAAUGGCUUCAGAAAUAGGGUGUGAGAAAAGUCAAGACUGGGGAUCUGCUGGUUUCGGAGGUGUAUUUAAGGUGGAGUGGAUCCGAAAAGAAAGCAUUCCUUUUCAUUUUGCACACCAUUUGCUUAACCCCUGGAACGAUAAUAAGAAAGUACAAAUAAGCAGAGAUGGCCAGGAGCUGGAACCGCAAGUUGGAGACCAGUUGCUACAGCUUUGGGACCGUAUUCCUUUGGCAGGAAAAAGCUCCAGUGAUUGACCAUGUCAAGUAAUGUAAUAGAGCUGUGGUUGUUGAAACAUCAGCUAUAACCACUAGAACCAGCAGUGUGCCUACAAUAUAAAGAUGAGGAAGAAGAUGGUGCAACAAGCUUCUGAAGUUGUUAGUGAUGCUGUGCAACUAGCAGUGGAAAAAUAAGAGGGAAUUACAUUGGUUUGAGUAUUUCCUUGUCUUAACAAAUGUCAUAACAUUAUUCAUCAGUCUGUUUUUGACUGAACUUCUUACUGUACUUCUUAGAGUAGUAUGCAGUUGACAUUUAAAGACAUGGCUAAGUUCAAAGCUAAGUUUGAAACAAUGGACCACAUAAGUUUUUUGUGGGUUUAAAAUAGCACAGCAGACAGUUUAAAUACACAGUUUACAUUUAAAGCUUUCUCAACACAGUAAAAUGUAUGAGAGAAACCAGUGUAAUAUUAAUUAAUCAAACUUGCAGUUUGCUUAAAAUAAAUAAAUUGAGAACAGGUGUCUACAAAUAUACUGGAAGAUUCCAUAAGUAUUUGUUGAACUAUAUGCACAAUGCGAGAGAGCAGGAUAUUUUCAUACAAACAACUGGGCAGCUGGAGAAUGUAAAAUUUUAGUUUAAAUACAUAAGUGAAAGGAGCAUGGAUUGGUCCAAUAUGUUUCCAGUUUCAAUUAUUUUUCACCUUUAAAAGGUACUUACACUUUGGCAAGCUGAAACAGUCUUUCAGAGGCUGCUGCCAAAUGCUACUCUUGGGCAUUAUUAAAAUAUUUUUAUUUCUUACAAAAAAACCACCAAAAACCCCAAACCUGUACAACUUUCUUCAUCUUUCAAUGUAGUCUUCAUGCUUUCUUUCUAUACUUCUUUCAGUUUCUUUCUUCUUCUAUACUACUGUUGUGUUGUUUUAUUGGGCUUCUCCUUAGUCUUUAACUUACUAUACUAAAAGGCUGGUAUAAAUUCAGUCUGCUCACUGUCAGCACUACGUUUGUGUUCAUUCUUGGAGUAAACCGAGAGCUUUUCCCUCUUUCUGCUUCUGAGCCUGUACUUAACAUUUUUCCUGUCUGCUAAGAGUAUUCACACAGUUCAGAGUACCUGGAAUAUUCCUUGUUGCAUUUUGUGUAGUGACUUCCGUCGGGUCGGGUUUGCCUUGGCAAGACUAACUGGGUCCAUAUAAGGCUAGCAUUGCCUGAUACAUUAUUUCUGGAGAUGGUGCACACAACAGUGCUGUGAGGCUUGUAUUGUGUUAUACGAUACUUCCAGGCCUGUGCCCACAAAGGAAUGUGGGGUGGUAUUGCCUUGUACAGGAUGCCCAGGCCACAUGCACACCAACGACGGAGCUGGCACAGGGAGGGAGGAGAGGUGGGUGCAACGCUUGGUUAACAAGCCCAAGUAGUGCUUCUGUGGCUUGACGAUAAAAGGACAUUCCAGCCGAGGAGUUUGGUGUUCCCCAGGUUCUUGGCUGGUCUGGGUCACUUGUCUGGAGAAGAGGUCAUGCCUUGCUGCCUACCUGGCAGCCAUGGUCAUGUAAGGUCUUUGCACGCCUGGGUGUUAGAUUUAGCCACUCUUGGUAAAUUACUUGACUUGGUGGUGUUAUGACCCAGAUGAGUGUACUACUCAUCUGUAUUUUUACCUCUGCUGUUAUUUAGAGAUAAACUGUAUCCCUGGAGAUGUUGGUCUGGUGUCUGUUACCAUAUCCUGAACUUAGAACUCUGCAGGGCUGCUUUAAGCCCUUACACUCUGGUGUCAGAAGCGGGAUAUCGUACACUGCAUCAUGACCAGCCCUGACCCUGUGGUGGGUGCCUUAGUUGCUUAUUUUGUGACCUUGCCCUGCCCACGGACGUCAGAUUCUGCUUUGAUUAGAGGAAGUCAGAAAGACAGAAACAUUGUCUUAGAGAUAGUGAGCGCCGUUUGAAUGCAGCCGAAGCCCAAGUUGACUUCCUAAGAAAAGAGCAGGACACUGGGGGUGGAGGGGUGGGAAGACUCUAGCCCUCCUGUGUUAAAAGCCAUCAGGCUAAUGUGGGACAAACUAGAACAAUGCGUAAUCCUCCACAUUGCAGUAUCUUGUCUGCGAAAAACUUGACUGUUGUCUAGAAGCUUUGGAAAAGGGAAUUUCUUUAGAGAUCUGCUUUCUCUCCUUUUCCCAUGAAGUUGCACAUAACUUUAUGGAUAUGCAUUCAGGAUUGCUGUUAGCAUCUGAACUCAGGAAAGACCAUAUCAGAGAUGAGUAAUGUCUAGAGAGCAGAUCUAGGGGACUUUUCUUGAAGCUACCAGUGCACUGAAAGUUCAUCUCUAAGGAGAUGAUUAUGCUGGUUUUUAAAUGAUGAAUUAAAAAGAAAAAAAGCUUACCUCUGACGUCUGUAAUUGUACGCUCAGUACGACAGUGUAUUAGCACUUCCUAGUGACUUCUGAGACCACCUUUACAAGAUAAACAGUAGUUGCUGCUGCUCAUCCUCAUCAUUCAGCAGCAAUUAACAGCUGGUCUGUAAAAUGGAAGGUAAAUGCUUUAUCCAUAAAGAACAACACUGCAACUUGUCUAUGCCACACUUUGCAAGGAGCAUUAUAUAGUAUAUUUUAUGCCUAUAGUAGAUUUAAGUGUUUUCAUAAUUGAACUAAAUUACUAGAAGAGGUUAUUUUGAAUAAAAGAACACUGACCAAUAUGAUGCAUAGUAAUCUUGUUUUGCUGUGCAAAGUCAUUUGCAGAAAUAUUUCUAAACAAAAAUACAUUUGCUGUCAUCCCUUUUUCAUCUGAAAUGAACAACUGUUUCUUGUUAACACCAUAGUAAUACAUGCUUCUGAAUUGUAACUUUCAAUAAAUCAGCAUAAAUUAUUUUUGAGUGAGUCUGGCUGAAUGUCUACAAUAAAAUAUUCCACUCUUGAGACUCAGGGGAAAAUGACGUUGCUUUCUCAGGUAAACUCCUUUUAUUUUCUGUUCUUCCGUAUUGUCAUCCAUACAAAUUUUCCUAGUUUUCAUCCAGUGAAAAUAAUGGUGUCUUUAUGGCAAGACGUUACUUCAGCUAAAUCCAUGUAAAAUGUCUGUAUGGUUAUUACACUGUGCAGCAAUAAA